AUGUCAUUGAUGGUGACCAAUGGCGAUAGCAACAGUAACAGUAGUAAAACAUCGUCGAAGCGAUCGACUAUGAAAAAUUCAUCACUAUCCGAUAUGACACCUUCAACUAAUCAUAAUAACAAUCAUUCACCAAUGGACAACGACAAUCGUAUUAAGUUUAUCGAUAUGCUCGUUUGUGGUUCAUGCCAACAAGACUUUCAAUUAUCAGAUAUUAUCAAAUUCAUUGAGCAUAAAGCAGUUUGCGGAAACAAGGAAAAUAAACAGAAGAUACCGUAUCAUUAUCCACGGCGACAUCGUCGAAGAGGAGAAGACGACAAUGAUGAUGAAUAUGACGAGGAUGAAGAUGAGGACGAGAAAAGUCAUCCCAGUGGUCAUUCAAGUGAGAGUGAAAGUGAAAAUAACAACCACUCAUAUCGACAUCAUCAUCAACGAGCAUCACAAAAGCAAACUAAAUUCUCCAAAGUUCUGGUCGAUGCGAGUGCGAAUACACUGAACAAUACAGCCGAACCAUACAAUUUCGAAUGUAGCCAAUGUGGCGAUGUGUAUAGCACAGCUUGGUUUCUCAUUCAGCAUCAUCAAUAUGCGCACGGAGUCAAGAUGUAUAAUAAUUGUCUGAAUGAAAAUUCUUCGUCAAAUACAAAUUUGAAUUCAUCAUCCACUGCAGCUACGACAGCAGCGUCAAUGUUGAAUAUCGAUUUAUCUCUACUCGAAGCUGCAUUCAAAGAGGCUAUGCCAUCGAAUCGAUCGCCAGCAUCGUCUACUACAUUUGCUUCGAAUCAAUUGAUCGCAGCCGCUAAUGCUGCUCGAUCCGCACAACAACAACAACAACAAACACUAUCGAUAAGAACGACUACCGAUAGUGACAGUAACUCACGAAGCGGCUUCUCAGCAGGUGCCAAUUCAAAGACUAAUGUGCCAUUUUCUUCUCCCGCUACUACAUCAGCUUCCCAUCCUUCGCCUGCGAGUUUAUUACAAGAUGCGAUUCGAUCAAAUUCUAUUGUUCAAUUACUGAAAGACGUUGCCAAACAACAGUCGUGUAAAACUUCUAACAAAGAUAAAUCAAAUACGAAUGAUGCGUCGUUUCUCACGCCAAAAUCUUUCGAUGUCGCUAGAUCUCAUUUCGGAACCAAUUCGCCUACCAGUGUACAUAAUCAGGAUGAAUCAAGUCACAAUUCACGACGUCCAAAACGGCGACGGCCACUCGAUUCAAACACCGACGAUGAUUAUGAGCAGAAGCAAAGAUUCUCUUCGUUAUCCAAUCGACUAGCGGCCACAUCAACUCCUUCAUCUGGUUGUCUUUCAGCAUCGUUGACUCCGUCAGUAACUGUUUCAUCAUUCGAAGAUGGACCAAGCUAUCGUGGCGGUACGAAUGGCAAUAAAACACUUAGCACUGAUGCAGUUAGCCAAUCAUUGAUACCUAUCGAUCAACCUCAACAACAGAAACGUCAUCGGCGAAAACCACCACGACAAAAGCCGUUACAUUUAUCCAAUGGUAUUACAACACUACAUCAAACGACGGCAUCGGUCAAAGAUGAGCCAUGUGAUACAGAUGAUAAUAGUGUUACGUAUAGUGGUAGUAAUGACGAUGAAAAACAAUCUAAUAUAAAGAAAAAAUCCAGUUUGCUAGUACCAACCGAUGGAAAUUCUUCUAAUGAACUACCAAAUGAUAAUACAGCAUCAUUAAGCAAUUCCUCCACUUACAAAUGGUUACAUCAAGCAUUUCGUUCAUUAGUGCCGCCACACUUACAAAUAAACGACGCCGAUUUAACAACACAUACCAAUUCCACUUCUCCACAAUCAAUUUCUCAAAUGGAUAAUAAUGGUAACAAUGGUCUAACAUCAACACGUUCAUCUCCGUCACUAUCAUCAACACCACCAUGCUCAACAUCUGUACUUAAUCUCUCGACAACAAGUGGACAUACCUCCAGUGAUCGACACUCACCAUCGUUGUCCAGUAUGAUUGAUCAGCCUUUGACAUCGCCUGGUGACAAUCGUCAAAAUCAAAGCAGACGGUUAAAUCAAGGAAAUCGCAAUGAAAACAAUUCGUUAGCAUCAUCAUCGGCAUUGUAUGCUAACAAUAGUAUUAAUCUAAGUAAUAUUUCCAGCCCUAAUUCUCAACGCUUAAUCAAACGAGACAGACGAAAUGACACAUGUGAAUAUUGUGGAAAAGUCUUCAAAAAUUGUUCAAAUCUGACUGUGCAUCGACGUAGUCAUACAGGUGAAAAACCAUACAAAUGUGAACUGUGUGCAUAUGCAUGUGCUCAAUCUUCGAAACUAACACGUCAUAUGAAAACUCAUGGUCGCGGUGGAAAUGAAGCAUUUCAUUGUCGAUAUUGUUCCAUGCCAUUUUCAGUUGCGAGUACUCUAGAAAAACAUAUGCGACGUUGUGAUCGAAAUCCGCAGAUUCUUGCCGUGUUCAAACAGCACCAGCAACAACAACAACAAACAGGCUCAUCAUCCAUGACUAAUAGUCGAAGGCCAACCACCGAUGGGAAAAAUGAGUUUUAUAUCGAGACCAUCGAAGAUAACGAUGACGUGAUGACGGAUGAAUUGGCGUCAUUUGCUGAAAUCGUUGACGAACAAAAUGAUGCGAGUUUAGAUGACGAUGUCGAUGAUGUCGAUCGCACCGAAGAAAAUGAAUAA